AUGAAAAUACACUUAAUAAAAGCAUGUAAAAAUACACCACUUCAAGUGAAAGAAGAAUUAAGUGACAAAAAGGUGCCGGUAUUAACUGCAGAAACAAAUAUUAUUCAAAGAGAUCUUUAUCAACCAUCUACUUCCCAAAGUUUAUCAUUUGUACGUGAAAGUACGCCAUUGUCACAAUCACAAAACGAUUCAAUGCCCGCAGAUUUAUCCAUGUAUGUUCCGGAUCAAACAAUAAUUCGACAAAUUGAAAAAAAAAAGUCGAAGGUUCGGGACUUAUUGCAAGGUAAGGAAAAAAUUGAUACUCUAUUAGCCAGAGCUAUUUUUACAAGCGGAAUACCACUAUCUAUUGUUGAACAUAAAUCUUGGAAACAAUUAUUCUAUACUAUUCGACCAUCUUACAAAUUGCCAAACCGAAAAACUUUAUCGACAACUUUGUUAGAAAAGGAAUUUUUAUUACAAAAAUUUAAAGUAGAAAAUAAAAUAGCCGAGUCAAAAUGUUUGAGUAUCCAAUGUGAUGGUUGGUCUAAUUUAAGACAAGAAGGGAUUAUAAAUUUUGUUAUUACUACUCCAGAGCCUUUUUUCGUGGACUUUAUUGAUACUGAUGGGAAAAGGCACACUGCUGAGUAUUUAGCUAGCCAAAUAAUUACAGUAAUAAAUAAAUAUAAUCCUAAAAAGUUUGUAGCUUUCAUUAGUGACAAUGCUAGUAAUAUUGUUAAGGCUGCUGAAAUAGUUCAAAAUAAAUUUGAACAUAUGUUAAUGUUAACAUGCGUUUGUCACACUUUAAAUUUAUUAGUUAAAGACAUAUUUAAAUGUGAUCAAUUACAAACAUUUGAUACAAAAGUCGUCUCAAUAAUAAAAACAAUAAAAUAUAGCCAGAGACUUUCACACAAAAUUCGGAAAAUUUCAAAGGAAAAAAAUAUAAAUGUAUUUGUUCAAUUGCCAGUGAAAACUCGAUGGCAGAGUCACUUGAUUUGCUAUAAAAAUUUAUUUAAACUAAAACAAGUAUUAAAAUUGGUAGCAAUUGAUGAAGAUGUAGCGAUAUUAUUUAAGGAUCACAUUUAUACUAUUUUACUGGAAUCUUUUUGGAAAAAUGUUGAUUCAAUGAUACAACUAAUAGAACCUAUCGUCAAUGCAAUUACUCUUCUUGAAGGCGACAAACCCAUUAUUCAUAAAGUUUAUCCAACGGUUAAAAAUUUAAAAUUAAAAAACAUAGUUAAACCCGUUCAUAUUACAGCACAUCUUUUAAAUCCAGAAACACUUGGUAAUGACUUAACUAAUGAAGAACAUAUUGAUGUUUCUGAAUUUAUUAACAAUUUUGGGAUGAACAGUUAUGAUUUGAAUGAUGAAGAUUGUCUUACUGAGAUUAUAUAUUAUAAAAAUAAAGAAGGAUUAUACUCAAAAACUUUUCUAUGGAAAACAGUUUCUAAGUUGGAACCUUUAAUAUGGUGGAAAAGUUUUAACUCAAGGUUGUCCAAGCUAGCUCAAAAAAUAUUAUCAAUACCAGUUUCUUCGGCUGCAACUGAGAGAUCGUUUAGUUCUUUUGCAAAUAUACAUUCUAAAAAACGAAAUCGUUUGUUAACUGAGCGUGCUGCGAAAUUAACGUAUAUUUCACACAAUUCGAAAACACUUGAUCGAAAUAAAAAUGACGAAGAUGAUAAUGAUUCGGAAAUAGAAGAUUUUACACAAAAUGAAACAACCCCAUUUAUUCUUCAACAUGGAAAUUCAUCGCAUCAUCGUGAAAAAAGUUUCAACUUGAAUUUUACUCAAGAAGAGAGUGAUUUGGACUUUGAAAGCUCUGAAACAGAAAUUGAGCAAUUUUCUCUCCAUGACACUGACACAAGUUUGGGAUUUAGUUGCACUGACCACGAUAGUGACCAAGAUUAUUAA